AUGACGAGCCAGGACCUCUUUUUGAAUCUGGAGGGGUCUAGCCAGUCCCAGCAGUCUGGCUCUGGUGUGCCUGAAACAGGAGAGAGGAGCUCCAAUGUAAGAAACAUGAAUGGAAGGGACCUUCGAACGUUCAUUACAACUCACAGGACUAGUGACAUAGAUAAUCUGGUUGUUCGUAUGAAAAAUGGUCUUUUCAGCCAGAAGUAUAAACCUGUUGACUAUAAACAACUACAUGCACUUACUGAAGAAAAGAAAAAAGCAUCUGCUAAUAUACAAUUAAAGGUUAAAAGAGUAGAACAAGUUUCAAAAACUAACAAAGAACAAAUGCUGCUGAAACAGCACCACCAGAUCUGGUGGCAAGAGCAUAAACGACUGAGUGAGAACAGACAUAAAGUGGAAGCAGAAAUACAAACUUUCCUUGAUGAAGGGAGCCUUGAAUGUGAAUUUCUUUUGGAUAUGUGGGACUUGGCACAUAAGUUAACAAAGGAACGGGAUACAUAUCAAACAAAUACAGUAGAUCCCAUCUGGCAACUGAGAGAGGAUUUGAAAUACAGGCUGUCUGAAAUGCAGUGCUACUCUUCACAGAAAUCCUGCAUGGAAUAUGAGUUCAUUCCAAUCAAGGUGUUAGAGCAGGUAGACUUUGUGAAGGAACAACAGAAAACAAUUUUGGAAUUACUUAAUGAAGAAAAAUUGGCUUUGGAACAAGAGCUUGAAGACUGUAAGAUUAAAGUACUAAUAUACUCUUUUGAAGAGACAACUGGCCUUUUUCAUGAAGUUCCUAUACAGUUACUGGCCUUGGAAUGUCCAUACCCCGAUUUGAAGUCUUCAGUCCUUAAUGAAUUCCAUAAAUUUGCAGAUGAAUAUUGGUCUAAACUUCAAGAGAUUGAUCAACAGUUAAAAGUAAUAUCCAGGAACUUUGGCUGGAGUGAAGAAGAUCACUGGGUUUAUCAGACUGUUAUAAAUCAGUAUCCAAGUGACCUUCAGAGCAGAAGAACUCUGUACUUGGAUAUGCUACAGAGACAUCUGCCUCACAAAUCUAGGCAUGAUCUGGUUGCUCAUGAAAAGGCUUGGGACCAGUAUCAUUUUGCUAGGAAUCAACGUAGAGCUUUGAUUCUAAACUGGGCUCAGGCUAGAAAAGCCUUUUUACUGAAAGCAGUAAUGACUAUUGCUGAAGCCUGUGCUGCUCAUGAGACAGAAGUGAUGUUGGCUAAUAAUAGAAGAAAGCAACAGGAAAUCUGUGCUGAUCUGAAAGGAAAGGUUCUACAGUGGAGAGCAGACCAGGAGGAGACAGCCAGACUGGAAGCUGCUAUAGCUGCCAGAAGAAAAGAAAAGGAAGAUGAAAAAGAAAAGAUACAGAAAGAAAAGGAAAUAAUUCAAAGAGCAGAGGAAAAAGAAAAAGUGAGAAUAUACUGGGCUGAAAAACAACGCAAGUGGCAAGAAAUGGAAGAGAAAGAUCUACAGCGUCUGGCAGAAUUGAAGAAAUUAAUGAUCGAACAAGCAACUAAAGAUAAAGAAAGGGUUAAGUUUAGACAAGAACUGUUGGAAAUACGCCUGAUGGAGAGAAAAGAACUGUCCCUUCAAGAAGCCCAUGAGAAAGAAGAAAGAGAGAGACGUCUUGAAGCCCUCAGGCAACAGGUUGCUAUUGUUGCUGAAAUUGAUCCAGCUAGAAUGGUGGCUGAUACAGUGGCAUCUAAAGCUAAAAUGGGCAUUGGAACUGAAGAAGAAGAAUGUAUUCUUCAAAGACCACUGUUUACAUUACAUACAUACAGUGAACAACAGAUCAUUUCUGACCCUAGAGUUCGUGUUGAGCUAGCUCUUCGAGAAGCUGGACUUCAUAAAACUCUUUAUGCUAAAGAGAUUUUACCAAAAAUUCCUCCACUGAAACUUCCAAGAAGGGACAUGGAAUCUACAGUCUUUAAAAUGUAG